UUGACAAUUCUGAGGCAUGAGUACAAACAAACACUCACGCAGUGCACUCUGUUGGCGAGCGUAAUAAAUAUGUGGGAAAAUUCCCACAUAUAUACAGUAUUCAGUGCUAGUGCCGAGAACUCGCAACGAACCCGGUCGCGUCGUUCACAUAUGUGUGAAAAAGUAGCUGACAACAACGGUGGCAAGUCCAAAUGCGAAGAAAAGCCAGUAAAUCGCGCGGCGAGUAAAGUGAAUAAAUUCGGUGCAGACCAUUGCCGUUUCGGGGCGAAUAAUGUCUGCGUCUGUGAUAUGCGUCGAUUUGAGCUCGGAGUCUGAUGAGGAGUCGCCGGCCAAACGACGACGACUCGAGGAUCCGCUGCGACUACUAACGCCAUCCGGUAGGCAAAGUUUUCCUGCCAAACUUCUGAACAUACCAAAGGCCUCCCUGGGAUCCGCGAUGGUAGUGCCUGUUGCGGAAACAGGACCUGCAAGGGAGACUCCGGUCAUAGUGGAUCCACUCCGGUCCAUGCACAUCCCCAGUGGAAUCACCAUCACUAAGCACCAGAAGAACGUCCUCGCCACAAACGGAAACAUGAACCUUUCUCUGGCAGAGAGCAACAACAACAACAACACUACCAGCUUGAACAAAAAUGUGACCCCGAAGCAGAUCAAUGUUGGCACCGGCCAGAAAGUGGCCUGGUCGGUGAGCAGCAAGGCGCCCAGUCCGAAUGCCGUGAUAACCACCGUGCCCAGCCACCAGGUGAGGGUGACGCCGUUUAAUCCGAUUCGACUCGCACCCGGGUCAAAAAUAAUACCGGCUUCGAAUGCGAUGCCUGCAAAGAUUCAACCCAUUCUUGGGAUGGGUCAGCCUCAGCAACAGGCACAAGCCCAGCAACCGAAGGCCAUCAUAGUGGGUUUUCCGAAGCCCAAUACUGCAGUGGCUCAAAUGGCGCAACACCAAAAACCUCUAACGCUUCAAAUACACCAGAAAUUAAUUGCAGGACAGCAGCAGCAUAUAGCUUCUAUUAGCCAAUUGCAGCAGGUAUCGUUGCAGCAGCAACAGCCACUUAGACCCGUGAGCAUUCAAUUGCAGCAGCAACAGAACCAACGGAAUGGCUCAUUGCCUGGAAAGCAACAGAAGCCACUGGAAUGCCCAGUGCCUGCGCAGCAAGAGAAGCUACCACGUGGGCCGUUGCCUACGAAGCCAGCCGAGCCACUGAGUGGCCCAUUGCCUACGGAGCCAGACGAGCCACUGGGUGGCCCAUUGCCUACGCGGCCAAAACCACCGGUGAGAUCACUACAACAGCCAGUUAACAAGAAUACGGCGAUUGGAGUACAGAUACAGCAAUCACAGGAGCCACUGGGUGGCACAUUACCUACGCGCCAGAAACCACUUGGAGGUCAAUUGCUAACGCAGCAAAAACCACCGGUGGGAUCGAUACAACAGUCUGUUAAACAGAAUACGGGGAUUGGAGUACAGAUUCAGCAAAUACCAAAGGUUGUCGUGGGACAACAGCCACAGAAGGUGUACCUGAAUAAACUACAACAGGAGCAACAGAAGAUUUUUCUGGGGCACCUGCAACAGCAGCAACAGAAGACGUUCCUAGGGCAACUGCAACAGGAACAGCAGAAGAUCCUGGGGCAACUACAGCAGCAGAAACAACAACAACAGCAGCAACAGAAAAAGAUCCUGGGGCAAUCACAACAGCAAAAGGUGCCGUUGGGGCAACCGCAACCUCAGCAGAAACUACCGCAGCAACUGAACAAUUCACUGGUGCAACUACAACAGCAACAUCAACAAAGAACAUCAGUGGGGCAACUCCAACAACAGCAGCCACAUCAAUCACAGCAGAAAAAUUCAAUGGUGCACGUAAAACAGCAACCACAACAGCAAAAGAAGAUUUCAGUGGGGCAAUUCCAGCAGCAACCACAACAGCAACAGAAGACUUCAGUGGCGCAGCUGCAACAGCAACCACAACAGCAACAGAAGAUUUCAGUGGGGCAACUUCAACAGCAAUCACAGCAGCAACAGAAGCCUUCAGUGGGGCAGCUGCAACAGCAAUCACAGCAGCAACAGACGCCUUUAGUGGGGCAGCUGCAACGGCAAACUCAACAGCAACAGAAGACUUCAGCGGGGCAAUUCCAACAGCAACCACAACAGCAACAGAAGAUUUCAGCGGGGCAACUCCAAGAGCAUUCACAACAACAACAGAAGACUUUAGCGGGGCAACUCCAACAGCAAGCACAACAGCAGCUAAAUACUUCCGCGGGGCAGCUCCAACAGCAGCAAAAACCACCAAAAGCGUCCUUAGCGCAACAGGCAGCAGCUCAAAAGCAAGGAGCGGGCCUAGGACAACAGCAACAAUUUCAAUCCCAGCCCCAGCAGAGAACAAGUGCUGGACUUCUUCAACAGCAACAGAUGCCACAGAAGAAAAUCGUGAUGCAACCGCAGCUUCCGAAAACAUCGGUGGUCCUGCCGCGCCCACAACAGCUCCCGAAAAAUCCUUUGCUGGUGGCCCAACAGCAAUCACCAAAGACACCACUGGUAAACUCCGUAAUGGGCCCACAGUUUCCAUCACAGCAACCAUCGCUUCCCGUUGUCAAUCAAAUUACGCACAAAUCGAUGACUAUUCAGAGACUUCCCAUGUUGCAGACGGUGCAAAAAAUUCUGCCAAAACAGAUAGCUCCGCAGCAGACGCCACCACCCGCUCAUAUAGUACAAAAGCAAACAAUGCCAAACGCGGCCAUGCAAAAUCCUCCGUUCGCGCACCGUCCACCGAUAGUGCGACCCAUGACGGUAGCCAAGAUCUCGCCGGUGCCUACAAACAACAAAGUCUGCAUCCCGAUGAAGCCGCAGAUGGCUAGUUAUGUCAGUCCCACAGACCCAACAAUGACUGCAGCCCGUACUUUGCCCUUUAGAAGCUCACAGCGCAAGACAUCUGAAGCACCAAUGACUUCGACGCAUGUCCAGGGAUUCACUGCGAGUGCCACACCUCCACAGCGUCUUCUGGCCACUCCACCGCAUUGUGCCGCGGCCUUGAAUGAGCCGCUAUUGCUAAACUUGCCGCCCACCACUAGCAUUACGCCGCAACUGACGCCUACGACAACUCCACCGCCCGCUGGACCAUCGGCAGCAGUUCAGCAACAGCAGCUGGCCAAGGCGGCAGCCAUUAAAUUGAAUUCCUUGCCCGAAGCGAGCAUUUCUCCAGUGAACAGGUCUCCAACUGCAAGCGCCAAGCGCAUCCAGCCGAUUACCGUGCUCAAGAAAUCCGACGAGGAAUGGCAAAGGCAUCUCGAGCAACAGCAGCAAAAGAAGCACGUACAAUUGCAGUCGUCCUCGAUGACCACAAUUGUUCUAGUCGAAUCACCGCCCACUACUCCGCCCACGGAUAAGCCGGAGCCGGAGCGCGGGCCAAUGACCGUGGAAAAAUCGUCGAUCAAACCGAUGGCAACAGAUAAACAAUCCAGGGCAAUAAAAAGGCCUGCAGUGAUGAUUUCCACGAAAAAAUCCGGUUUAGUUGUCACAGAAAUAGUGGAUUUAGAUGAAAUACCGGAUAUCCCGCCAGAAAAGCGCGGGAAAGAAUGUUUUCCUCCAAUUAAGAAUGCAGCCAAGGCAGCACCAUCAGUGAAUGCCCCUUUUACAACUGAGUACGCGGCACUUCUUCGUCUUUGCCGCGAGGUGGACAAAUCGACUCACAUGGAACGCCUUGUAAAGGGAGAAUUGACCCAGUAUUACUACAGUGCGCCCGAAAGCUUCGUGAUGUCAUGUGGCUUUCGCAACCUGGUUACAAUGGCUAUGGCGAGGAUCCGAAGCGAAUCGUACCUGGUGUACGUGCACCUAAAGUACGUGUUAGAUGAGUUAGCAUCGCGGAGGCUGACCAAAAUGUUUCCCACAGUACGAGCAAUUCCGCCAGCUAGCCAGUUCCCACUUCCACCAGCUAGCCAGUUCCCACUUCCACCCACAUUGACCACACCCAAGCAGCCAGCGAUAGUAAAAGCGCCGGGGCAGCAGACUGUGAUGGCGGGAAGAGAGCAGGAUGAUGAAGUAGAAGAGGUGACAUUGGUGAAUGUCGGGACCGUUUCUUGCGAAGAAAGGCGUAGGGAUGAGCGGAUACGCCACUUUUAUCGCACGCUGCAUGCUAUUACUAAGCGAAUAAAGAUGUUGGAGGAAGCUGAAGUGGACUUGAACGACGAGGACUCCAGUUAUCUUCAGUUGGAGCGCUUCAAAAAGCGUGCCUGCCAAAUCUAUGAAAAAAUCUGUGAUCUAAAGGGCGAGAGCAAGAGUGUCCGUAGACAGCUAAAGAAGCCCAUACACUUCAAGGAUUCGGACUAUCCACACUUCAAUAACUCGCUCUCGGCUUUUGUGAACAGGAUGCAAGAUUUUCCCGAUUACCACGAUGUGCUUCAAAUACUGGAAAAGUGCAACAAGGAAAAGGAACUUGGACUAGCCAAGUACGAGAUGAAGAGAAUCGCCUACGAUGCCUUUAACAAAGUCGGUCGAAUGCUGCAAUCGCGCCGAAAGAAUGAUCUUUACGAAACUGUCACACAUUACACGGCAAAUGGCAAAGAUCCAGCGUCCAGUGAUCCCGAGCUGCUAGCCAAGCUCAAGGAAAACAACAAAAAGCAAACCAAAAUAAGUGAUAUCUUAGAAAAGUAUGCCCUCGAGCAAGAUCUCAAUGCGGAGGAGCGUCAGGAGGCGCGGCUUAAGGAGAAAAAGUUGAAGCAGGUUAAAGCGGACGAGGAGGCCGCCAAGCUGGCUGCUUUGGCGGAAGACGACGACAAGCCCUGUACAAGUGCUCAGGCAGCAGCUAAGGCGGCCGCUCUCGCCGCUUUAAAAAGGGGUCCAGCAGCUCGUGGAAAUGUGAUUCGAAAAAAGCGUGCCGCUAAUGGACGGAUUUUCAAAAUCGCCGAUGACGGAGAUGACUCGGAGGAGGAAUCGGACUCGGAGGACGACGAUGUUGAGGAAUUUGUCAAUAACUUUCAAGCCAACAGUGAUGUGAGUGAUGCCGACUCCGAAGUGGAAGCAGUAACAUCACCAAAGAGAGAUGCUUUGCCGCUCGCCGAGGAGGAGGAUGUGAUAGAUAUAACGAGAGACGAGACUGGCAAAAAGAAUGACGAAGGCACGCCCAACGGCAGGCUUAAGAUUAUGUCCGUCUCUAGUCUGAACGCCAAUUUUGUCCAUGGGCAGGAUCUGCAUAGAAAGCCCAAUCCCAUGCCGUCUGCUAAGCCAGUCAUUGCUGACCAGAUUAUCAUUUCCGAUGAGGAGUCAUAGAAAGAGUUAUAUCCGAAGCCCUAAUUAAGUUAUUUAUUCAAUAUGUUCAGUUUCUUCCUGAAUACGUUCGGUACAUUUUUCAACUCCCCUUGCUAACACAAAUGUUGUAAGGUCGACUAUUUAUUUUUGAAUGUCAAUCCUUAAAUUUAAAUUUUAAGUUUAUGCAGAAAAGUUUAUAUAAUUCAAGCAUUGAUUGAGUUGACAAUUUUCAUAUUUGUUUUUUGCUUUUUUUAUAGACAUAGACACGUGAAGAACUUUUUCAUAUAAAAAUGUCUUACAUUCAAAAAUAACUGCCGCCCUUACAUUUUUGUGGUUGCUAAUCGUGGUUACAAAUUCCCCUACGCCUAUUUAUUGUAAAGCCUCCUACCUUUGGGUACAAGCCAGAAAACUACGGUAGUGUAUAUACGGAAUACUACUAGUCUAAGUUAGUCGUAUAAAAUAAACAGAACGGUGAGAAACGAUGACGC